AUGGCGACUUUUGGAAAGAUGGGCACCAUCCGUCUGUCGCUCCGUGGUGUCCCCUUGCUCAGUGACUCAAACAUCCAUUUGUAUAUCACUCGCGAGUUCGCCCCAUUCACGAAGCCGUCGACUGCUGGCUUAGACGAAUGCUGGUGCAGCUUCUGCUUCUCGUGA